AUGCACAGCACAGGCUGGAAGGAAGCAACAGCGGAGAAGCCUGGUGCCGUGGUGGGGGCAGCCCCGUUGGAGGAGCCUGCUAUGAUCAGGCUCAGGGGAGGUGGCCGCCCCAGAAAGCGGCCGAGGAGUCCUGUUGAGGAGCGGGCCAACUCAAAUGCUCAGGCCUCCACCUCUGCAGUUUCUACAUCACAGCCCCUGUUCAAGCCCGGAGAUCACGUUGAGGUGACCAAUGACGAGGCUGGGCUGCGGGGCUGCUGGUUCCCGGCGGCUGUGCAGCAGGUGGAGCGGGGCCUUGUCUUGGUGGCCUACGAUGAGGUCGAUGACGAGGACACAGGGGACGCGCUGCAGGAGUGGUUCCCUGCACCAGGAGCCCCGGCAUAUCUGCAAGCUUUGGCCAGCAACUUCAAAGCCCACACAGCCCCAGGCUACCUCAUCCGGCCUCAGCCACCUGACAAUGUUGCGGAGAGGGGCAAGCGGCGUGAUGUGGGGGAGACGAUCGACGUGUACUUGGAUGGCGGCUGGUGGGAAGCGACGGUGAAGCGUAGCUCGGGCAAUGACGGCUCUGUCAUUGCUCAAGUGGGUCUUGCAGAGCAUGACGUCAGCUGUGCUGACAUCAGAAGGAGGCUGUCAUGGACCUCUGGCGGCUGGUCUCGUGGGCGGGAGACAGGCAUUGCGGAGGACAGCACGCCGCAGAGGAAGAGGCAGAAGGACUCCGCUUCUCAAUGUACUCCAGCUGCCUCCCAGGCAGGCACGGCACAGAUCUACCGCAUUCCGGAGGGCUUCUCUGCAGCAGACCUGCCGGCAGUGGACACGUCUUCUGGCGCCAGAGCGCAUGGCACAAUUGUCGCAGCUUUCAAGCAGCGGUUUUUGGAUCUCCGCAAGCAGAUUGAAAACCCUCCUUCGUAUGAGAAGGGCGAGCAACUGGCAGAGGUGGAUCAGCAGCUCUUGGAGCGCGUGAAGGCCGAGUUCCUGGCAGUGCACGGGAAGAAGCUGAAGAGGCUGCGCAAGAACCCAGAUACUGCCAUGCUGGCAGGGACAAGGCUGGUGCAGGCGCAGAUUCUGGGAAAUGUGGAAGAUGAGGACGCGUUAGGCACCUUCGCCCCUGUCUACACAGACUUUGACGCCAGCGUCUUGAAACCCAUCGCAACUGACAAGAUCGGCAAUGCAAAGAUCAGCAUUGCCAUUGCCUUUGGGCAGCGAUUCCUCGACCUUCGACAGCUGGUGCCCGAGAGUGAGCUGCCGUCCUACAAGGCGAGGGAGCACCUGAAAGGCACUGAUGCUGCACUGGUGGAGCGUGUGAAAGCAGAAGUGCUGGCUGUGUAUGGCAAGAAGUUGGCAGGCAUGGGCAUAACGCCCAAGCAUGUCCUGAUGGAAGGGCGCAGAGGGAUCAGGGCGGUGUGGGAUCCUGUCACGGGAGAGGUGGUGCCUGCGGACUUUGAUGCAGCUGCCUGCCUGCCUGGCGCGGACAGCACCAACAAGAAGCGGAUCAUUGCCACAUUCCCCCUUGUCUUCCUGCUCAGAUGGCUGGCAUUGCGCGCUGAGAUUCCUGAGGAAGAACAGGAGAAGUACGAGAAGGGGCAGCACUUGCGAGGCAGGGAUGCAGAGAUUGCAGACCAAGUCUGCGCAGAGAUGAUGUCAGCUUUCAAGGAGCCGUUGACGGGGGCGGGCUUGACAGAGAAGUGGCUGAUGAGAGAGGGCAAGGUCCAGAUCAGGCUGAAUGCUGUGCGCACGCGCCUGAAAGGAGCACUCCCUGAUGCAGCCGCGGCUAAGCAAGCCGCUGACAUCGCUGCACUGCAGCAGCGCAUCAGCGCAGUCGUGCAGAAGCAGGCUUUCCUGGAGGGGAUGCCGGGAAUUCCUGACCCCUUUCCCCGGCCGAGGAGGGUUUCAAGUGCAGCUGGGGCCCAGGCGCCAUCAGUGCCAUCCUUCACAGAAGAAUAUGAACGGCGGCUCUUCUCCAUCUCUGCUCUGCAGGUGGCAUGGUCACCUGUUUGCGUCACUGGGGGGGCCAAUGCUGCGAGGUUCUCGAUCCUGGCAGUGGGCACAAAGUCUGGAAGGGUGUGGUUGUGGCGCUACAGAAUGCCCGAGAGCUUCUCACUCAAGGAGGCGAGUGACCUGGUGGAUCACAGCUUCAGCUUGGUGGGCUCCUUUGUGGCGCAUGCUGGCUGGGUGACAGCGCUGGCCUGGUGCGCUGUCGGCGAUUACCUGGUCCUGGCAACAGGGUGCUCCGAGGGCUCUGUGCGGCUCUACACCGCUGCGCAGGCCGCACUUGCUGACCUGCCCGACAUCCUGCCAGCGCCCACCCCAGAAGACCAGGCCCCAACAGCCACAGAGCCUCAGACAGGCGGAGAUGCCAGGGGUGCAUCUGAGCAAAUAUCAAGCACAGCGACAUUGCAGACAAAUGCAGCGACAGCUGGAGGCAGUAAUGGAGCAGCAGAUGGAGCCCGGCCGCCCGCCAUGCAGCUAAUGGCUGUGCUCGUGACGGCAGACUUGCGCGGCGUGACAUGCAUCGACUUGCGCCUCAGAUCAAACAGCAGCACAGGAGCAUCCACGCUGUGCCUGGCAGCUGGCAAGGCUGCGGGCAUGGUGGCAGUGUGGGAGAGCGGCCCUCUGGCGAAGGACUCCUGUGGAGCCCCUUGCGCCAGCCAGCAGCGCGCCUACAGCAACAAGGCACAUGGCUCCAUGGCAGUCACCGGUGUCUCAUGGGCACGCUGCUGUCCAUCUCCCCUGCAUGUGCCUGGGAGCUCCCAGGAUGGCCAGGCACUGCUGUGCACGACCGGGCUGGAUGGUGGUGUCAAAGCAUGGCGAUGGCAAAAGGAUCAGUUGAUGGAAGUGGAGCUGCCACAGAGCCUGCAUGGCACACCUCCCAGUGCAGAAGCAGGCAGCAUACAGACACAGCAUCGAACCUUUGGAGUUGCCACGUCAGGCAAUGGGUUGUUGGCAGCUGUUGCCCGGGAAUCUCCACGGCCCAAAGCUAGUGAUGGGCCUGAGGACAUCUCCAGGAAGCUGUGGCGCGGCUGCGUGCAGCUGCUGCGGCUGCAUGGACCUGCAGCUCCGCUGGGCCCCCACCCAGCAGCAGCCCUGUCAUGCGUGCCUCCCCUGGUGCACCUGGGUGUGCCGUUCCCUGCAGACAGGCUGUGGGACGCCGCGGCUGCCGUCUCAUGCGCAAGCUCGCUGGACGCACAGAGCAGCGGCAGCAGUCAGCUGAAAGUGGAAGCUGCCCAAGCGGGUCUCUUGUCAGACCUGGAGCGGCCUUUCUCAGCACAUGCGCCCUCCAGCAGCCUAUCCCCAAUUCCCGAAGUGGCCUGGCACGGGCUGCAGCUGUCAAACGCCAUCCGACGCCUGCUGCACCCAUUACCGUUGCAGGGAGCCACAAACAGCCUUCGCAACGGCAGCAGCUCUUGCCUCUGCCGGCCAGCUCUGGAUACUGGCCCUGAGUGGGAUGCUGCUCUUGAGCACAACGAGCUGGCGCUGUUACAGCGCCAUGUGCUCAGCUGCCUGUCUGACUCAGACAGCCUGGAAGGCAGUGGGACUGGGCCUGAUGGGUCGCUGCAGGUCAUGCUGGCUUGGGUCAAGGCAAAUGCUCAGGACCUGCAUCCUGAGUUGCUGAGCAUCUGUGAAGGAGCAUCGGCCAGCACCCAUGCUGAGGAGAACCCUCUCCGGAGUUCAGAGCUUGUUAUGACUGGGGGGCCUCUGCAGUCAGCGAGGGCAGCUGAGGCAGACAUUGGGCUCCCAGACCAUGUGCUGGCAUGA